GAAUGACCGCUAGAGGGCGUUCUACACAGUCCAUGCGCAUUGCGAGGCCAGUCAGGAGGGUAUGGUCGACCAUGAACGCCUGCAAACAUUUCCUGAUCUUGGGAUAGGAGAACUGAGGGUUGAGCGACAGCGUGAGUUUCUGCCAGAGGCUUGGAGCGUAAAUCAGACCAGACACACGCACUGCAGAGUUUGCGCUGGAAACAGAAGCUCCAGGAAACUUCCAUAACACAAACUCUCAACGCCUUCGUCAACCAGUCCCGUACACUUUCAGGACAGCUAUGGAGACUCCAGGUCAAAAACGAAGCUCCCGCGGAGGGACGGCCAACAUCGUGUCUCCCACUCGCAUCACCCGGCUGCAGGAGAAGGAAGACCUGUGCAACCUAAAUGACCGUUUGGCGGUAUACAUCGAUAAGGUGCGAUCUCUAGAGUCAGAGAAUGCAGGCCUGCGGCUGCGCAUCACCGAGUCGGAGACGGAGAUCAGCCGAGAGCUGGGUGGUAUGAAAGCGGCGUACGAGGCGGAGCUGGCAGACGCCAGGAAGUCUCUGGACUCAGUGGCCAAAGAGCGAGCCAGACUACAGCUGGAGCUUAGCAAAGUACGUGAGGACUACAAGGAGCUGAAGGCCAGGAACAGUAAAAAGGAGGCGGAUCUUGAAUCGGCUUUGGCCAGGCUGAAGGAUCUGGAAGCUCUGCUGAACUCCAAGGAUGCUGCCUUAACCACCGCACUUGGGGAGAAAAGAUCCCUGGAGGUGGAAGUUAGAGAUCUGAAGGCACAGCUGGCCAAGCUGGGAGGAAAUCUGACUGAUGCGAAGAAGCAGCUACAGGAUGAAAUGCUGAGACGGGUGGAUGCUGAGAACCGAAUCCAGACCUUGAAGGAGGAGCUGGAAUUUCAGAAGAACAUCUUUAAUGAGGAGAUCCGUGAGUCUAAACGCAGGCAUGAGUCACGCGUGGUGGAAAUCGACAGCGGCCGUCAACAGGAGUUUGAAAGUAAACUGUCCGAAGCUUUGGUUGAACUCCGCAACCAGCAUGAGGAGCAAGUUCGUAUCUACAAAGACGAGAUCGGGAAGACCUACAACUCUAAGCUGGAAAACGCUCGGCAGUCGGCAGACAGGAACAGUCAUUUGGUGGGUGCCGCCCAUGAGGAACUGCAGCAAACACGUGUGAGGUUGGAGGGCGUGACCUCGCAGCUCACUCAACUGCAGAAACAGUUGUCUGCUCGUGAGGCAAAGAUCCGCGAGUUGGAGGAGGCUAUGUCCAGGGAGAGGGACGUCUUGCGUCGCCGUCUAGAAGAGAAGGAUAAAGAGAUGGCUGAAAUGAGACAGCGCAUGCAGCAACAGCUCGAUGAGUACCAAGAGCUCCUGGACAUCAAACUUGCGCUCGACAUGGAGAUCAGCGCUUACAGGAAGCUCCUGGAGGGCGAGGAGGAGAGGCUGCGUCUCUCUCCGAGUCCUCCUCCUGCACGCAGUGUGGCUGUGACCCGCUCCUCUGGUUCUGGUACUCACACACGUGUGGUCCAGAGCAGCACGACUCGCACCGCAUCUGGCAGCUCUAAAAAACGGCGUCUGAACGAUAACGACAGUGACGCCUCCAGCGUGGUCGGCGGAACCGUCACACGUACACGCGUCUCCCAGCAGGCCUCCGCUAGCGGCCGCGUGACCGUUGACGAAGUGGACAUGGAGGGAAAAUAUGUCCGUCUUAGUAACAAAUCUGACCAGGAUCAAACUUUGGGACACUGGCAGGUGAAGAGGCAGAUUGGUUCCGGCACUCCCAUUAUCUAUAAGUUCCCACCGAAAUUUACCCUGAAGGCGGGUCAGACUGUCACGAUCUGGGCCGCAGGAGCUGGUGGAACCCACAACCCCCCCUCUGACCUGGUGUGGAAGACCCAGAACUCAUGGGGCAGUGGAGAUCUGUUCCAGACCACCCUGAUCAGUGCUAGUGGGGAGGAAAUGGCAAUGAGGAAGGUCACUCGUACUCUUUUCCAGGAUGAUGAUGAUGACGAUAUGGCCGCCCACAGCACAUGCGGGGAAAGCGAGUACAACCUGCGCAGUCGCACGGUGCUGUGUGGCUCGUGUGGCCAGCCGUCAGACAGAGGCGGCAGCUGCAUGGCGGCCAGCUCUGGAGUGUCCAGUGCGUCUCGUUCGUUCACCAGUGGAGGGGGUCUGCCUGAGUCCUUUGUGUCGCCUUCACAUUUUAUCGUGGCCAAUGACAAACCAAGACAGGCUGGGCCCAAACUAGAUAACUGCUCCAUUAUGUAAACCACUAUGGGCAGCCCUGACAUCUAUCCAUCACAUAAACCAGGAAGAAUUUCUCCUAGUAAUAUUCCAAGUUGGAUUAUUGUUCCUAUUACAUGAUAUAUUUUGUACUUUUCUUAUUUUGUAUUUCAUAAUCUGCGGGGUAGAUUUUGGCUUUUGUUUGGCAAAACGCUUGAUAGCAGCUUCUAUGCUGUAGCUGUAGAUGAUUCUGUCCAGUGUUACUCUAAUAGAUUUGCAUGAUGGCCGGGCAGUAGCUUCCAAAUACUCGUACUGUACUCAGGUAGAGAGGCGAACUGAGCAUUUCACACUCGCACCAUGAGCUCUACACGGGAAUGCUGUCAAAACACAACACGCACAGAUAAGAAACCCUCUAGAAAAGGUCUGUUGAGUCAAAACUCUUUACUACAGCCUUACCGCAGACUGGUUAUACAGCCGACCUACGCGGACAAAUAAACAUGCCGGGCAUACAUUUUUGAAGGACAAGAAAUGAGGUUCAACUUCUGUUCAACAUUUGUGUAAAAGUUAUUGCAGCAGUUUGUUUUACAGUAUUUUUGUGCCUGUUAAAGGGAAACAAACCUACUCAACAGCAUCAUCAUCUGUUAGCAAUUAUGUCGCCAGUAGCAAGGGCUCACAAAUGUACAAUAGAUCUUAAUCUUAUCAUGUCAUUCUACAGAGUUUCGUUAUGGUGAGACUUCAGGUUAUACAGUAAUACUAUUAUAGAUGUGUUCUGGAUGUAAAACUAUUUUGUGCGUUAGCGUUGCACAUUUAAAUUGGUACUGUGUUUUUUGCAGGGGCAGUUCUUACAGGCCCUGACUAGGCUGCAGAAUAUGUAGUCUUGCUUAAUAAGUGUUAUGAAAUGUUUCUGAAAGACUUGAAGCAACUACAAAACUUCAAAUCCAAAGAAAAUGGUUCAUUAUUGCCAAGAAGUUGUUCUAAACAAAAGCUGACUUUUGUUGAUUUAACUUGCAGAGGAUCAUGUUGUGUUAAAUGAACCGUUGCCAUGUUGCAGGUUUGAGAGCGACAAAUUUUUGUUUCGGGCCCUAGAGGCAGAAUAUUUGAAUGUGCAAAACGUCCACCGUCAUUCCCUGGUUUAACCUCCCAUAUUUUUACGGUGGCCUUUUGUUGAAACAUCAGAUUUAUAUUUACACUAAAUCAACUGUAUUUGUCAUAUCUCUAUGGAUUGAGUGCUGAUUUGUUCGUCACACCUCUCUUGCAGUAGAUGUUCCAGUUCCUCAUCUGGACAGCUGUUAGACUGCAGUAAAACUGGUGUAGUAAAGAGUUUUUGCACUGAGAAUCAAAUUCUAGUCUUAUAGUGGUGCUUAAAGGAAGCGCUGAAAUGAUUUGUUUUUUUAAAGUAAUAUAAUCUUUGAACAUAAAUGUAGUGCUUUACAAUGAAAUCUACAGUAAUCGCAGCUGCCCAGACCGAGGGCUGGAUAUUGCUGGCACAUUACAUAUGUUAUUCUGUUGCAUUGCAAAGCUUUGGGUUGCUAAAGGAGAUUUUGGGAUAGUAUUUUUUCUACAUAUACUUAAGACUUGUGGUCAUGUAUUUCUGCUUUAAUCAGCCAUUGUCAUUAUUGUAAGCCAUAUAUUUUGUUCUUUGAAACUGACAACUGACUUUGCCUGUUUGUCAUAGGACGUCUGUUUGUUUGAAAUCUUAAAAUUUGAUAAAGCAUCGUAUGCAAAGAAAUUGUGUUAAAAAGCAUGUCUCUGUAAUGAAUGUUUCUGUUAGUACACAUUUUCAUCAUGUAACAGAGUUAAAUUAUAGAAUCAUGACAACAAAAUAUUGUUUUCUUUAUUUUUAAAGAUUUUACUUUGUUUAUGGCUAAUUUCAUGAAGGUUUUGUAAAAAAAAUGGCUGAAACAGACUACAGGGCUUUUGUUACUUGCUUUAUCGUUGGAAGCUUAUGCUUUUUUCUUUUAAUCAUUUACAUUUACUUUUGUGAGCAAAUUCAGAAUUGAUGUUAAACUAAGAGCCUUGUUACAAACUGUGCCUUAAAAUUAUUCAGUUAAAUAAAGCCCUUUUGACUUUUUCAA